AUGGUUGAAUCCGCCGCCAUUCGUGAUAUCUCCGACGCCUCCGUCUUCGCCGACUACGCCGUCCCCAAGAUGUACCUGAAGUUGCAAUACUGCGUCUCGUGCGCCAUCCACGGCAAGAUCGUGCGUGUCCGAUCGAGAGAAGGUCGCCGCAACCGCGCCCCUCCCCCAAGAAUCCGGUACAACAAGGACGGAAAGAAGGUCAACCCUCAACAGGCCGCUAAGACUCCUCAGGCAUAA